AUGAGGGGAACUACAGUGAAGGUGAAUUGCUACCAUUCAGGGAAAUUCAAAACCGAGGAUGGAAAACUGAUUUAUGCAAAUGGAGAAGUCGAGGUAUUAGAAGUAGAUGGAGUUUCAAUCUUUGAAGAUGUGGUGUUUCAAAUGGUGCACAAAACAGAGUUGGGGGAGAUGUGGUAUAAGUUACCUUAUGAAGACCUAGAAGAUAGGAAGUCUUUGUCGGCUAAUAUUGAUCAAGGUAAGAAGCAAUUGAAGACUGGGGGCUGUUGGAUGAAAGAGGUAGAUUUCUACAUUGAAAAGAUAGGUGAAGAUGAGAGAAUCAAUGAAGAAGAAGUGAAUGUGGAGCAGGAAAAUGUAGUGCUUGAAGUGGAAGAGAGAAUGAUUGACCAAGUAGCUAACGAGGAGGAGAGAAUCAUUGAGCAAGGGGAGCAUGAGAAUGAAACGAAUACUGUUAAUGAGGAAGCAGGAGAGCAUGGGUUCGAAGAAGAUGGAGAUGAUGCAGAUUAUGAGGAAAGUGAAGAAGAGAGUUGGUCCGACUUGAGAGCUACAGAUGAUGAAAGCGAUGAGAAUGAUGAGGCUGCCGAGGAGGAUAUUGAUGUGAUAAACAACAACAACUAUGAUGAUGAGAUUCCUGAUGAAGAUGAAGUGUAUCCGGAUACUGAAGCAUCAUCAGAUGAGGAAGAGGAACAAGCUGAAAGGAUGGCUCGAGCAGGGUUAUUAGAUGGUGUACUCAGCUUAAGACAGACAUUUUCCAGUGGAGAAGAGUUCAAGAAACAGGUGAUCUCUUACAUCUUGCAGACUAGACGAAAUGUGGUGUAUGAUAGAUGGGAGAAAACAAAGAUUGGGGCUCGUUGCAAUGGAAAGGGUUGUCUUUGGCGUAUCUACUGCUCCGUAGAGAAACCACUUAACCGGUGGAUGGUGAAGGUGUAUGAAAACAAGCAUAUUUGUCACCCAACUGGUCGGUGCAAGACUAUAAAGGCUCCGGUGAUUGCUGAUUUGAUGUUAGAAGCGAUGAGAAGAAAUCCAGAUAUGAGUGGACCGAUGAUCCAAGAAGAGAUGAGGAACCGCUACAACAUUAUCAUCACUGUUCCACAAUCGCAAAAUGCAAGGAGAAUGGCACUUGAUAAGCUUCAAGCUGAGUGUAAUGAGCAAUUUUCAAGGCUGAGAGACUAUGUUGUGGAGCUCAAACGGUCAAACAUUGGUACAGUAACAGAGAUCAACACCACUAGGAAUAUAAAGGGAGGUCACGUUUUUAGCAGCUUUUAUGUUUGCUUUGACUCAUUGAGAAUUGCAUGGAAGCAAAAUUGCAGACCCAUAAUUGGGUUGGAUGGAACCUUCCUCAAACAUUCACUGCAGGGAAUGCUCUUGACAGCUAUAGGAAGAGACCCAAACAACCAGUGGUUUAUUCACAGACUGAAGGAGGACUUAGAGCUGGGAUUAGGUGAGCAGACUACCAUUAUUUCAGAUAUGCAUAGAGGGUUGAUCCAUGGCGUGGCAGUUGAGCUACCAAGAGCAGAACAUAGAGCUUGUGCAAGGCAUGUUUACUCAAACCUCAAGAAGAAUCACAAGUCCGACAUGUUGAAACCCUUGUUUUGGCGGAUUGCUAGUAGCUACAACGAACCUGAUUAUGAACGGAAUCUUAAAAUAUUCAGAGAUUAUGAUUCUAGGGCUUGUGAGGAGCUGUUGAAGAAAGAUCAUCGUACUUGGUGUAGGGCUUUCUUCAGGGCUGGUGCUUGUUGUUCCGACACACAUAACAACUUAACCGAGUCUUUUAAUAGAACAUUGAAGAUUGCAAGGAAGAAGCCCUUUGUGCAGAUGAUGGAGUUGAUUAGAAGAGACGCAAUGAAAAGGUUUGCAAUCAGGUUCAAGACUGCUGAUAAGGAGGUUGGGACAUACACACCAAAAGCAAGAAAAGAGAUUGCAAAGGCAUGUGAUGAAGCGAAGAACUGUUAUUCAGUUUCUAGUACUGAUGGUGAAUUCGAGAUUGUCCAGAACCUGAAUGGUUAUGCUGUGAAGAUGAAUCUGCGAACUUGUGCUUGUCGAAAGUGGGACUUGACUGGGAUACCUUGUUGUCAUGCUGUGUGCGCAAUCAGAGAGAAUGGUAUGGAAAUUGAAGAUUUCAUUGCAGAUUAUUACUUGACAUCUAAGUGGCAAGACGUGUAUAGGCAUGGAUUGCGGCCUGUAAAUGGACCAAAGUUUUGGACAUUUUCUGAUGGGGAUCUAAUUGAAGCACCACCUUAUAAGCGUCCUCCUGGUAGACCAAAAGGCAAAGCACGUAUUAAAGGUGUUAAUGAAUCACCAAAGAAGGGUAAGAAGCAUCCAGAAACAAAAGUGUCUAGAAAAGGAAGAGAAAUGCAUUGUAGUUUGUGUGGUAACAAAGGACAUAAUUCAAGAAAAUGUCCUCAUGAGUCUGAAGAGAAUAGGGUGAAAAGAAGGCGCAUUCAAGAAGGUCUACCAAGUGAAGAAGCUCUAGCAAGUGAAGAAGCUCAAACAAGCCACCCUGUUUCUGAUGAUUAA